UCUUGGUGUGAAAUGGACUCGAUCAAGCUAUAGCCCUUCUGAAGAUACACAGAGCAUAGAGUGGCAAAAAGGAAAGGGACUGGGUGAAAAAGAAAGAAAAGGGUCCAACUUUUUCUUUUUUUAUUUUCUUUCCUUCCUCACCUCUCUCUCUUUCAUUGAUUCCCUCUUCAGUCUUUACACAAUUCAACACUCAAAGCAUUGAACCAGAACAUUUAGAAAUAUCCAUAGCUUUAACCCUUUGUAGAGGUGAAGAAUUUUUCUUCAUACUCAGCUGCUAUUCUGCUUUGGCUUGAAAGUCAUUUUUUGUUUGUUUGUUUGAUAAGUGAGAGAGUUUGUCUGUUCAGUUCCAGAUUUUCCAGAUUUUUGGGAAGUAAAGUUGCGAUAAAGCUAGAAAGGGGGGAUAAGAAGAAGAAAUGGGUGUUCAACUGCAAGAUAUUGGAGUUCAAAUGAGGAAAGUUUUGAUCUUUUCAACUAGGGCAUGUUAUAAAAUUGUUUGCAAUCAUCCAAUCCUAGUGGGUUUGCUUUGUUUUUUGGCAUUACUGUACAGAUCAUUUCCUUUUGUGUUUUCUGUAUUGUUGUCUCUAUCUCCUGUUCUUGUAUGCACUGCUGUUCUCCUUGGCACUUUAUUAAGUUUUGGCCAACCAAACAUACCUGAGAUUGAAAGGGAAGAGAAAACUGUUCAUGAUAUAGUAGUGCCUCUGAAAAUUGGGGUUUUGCAAGAUGAUACUGUGGUUGAGAAGGAUGAUGAGAGUUAUUCUGUGGAUAGAUACACAACCAAUGAGACGGAUACGGUGGAUCAGUCGAUUGAGGAGCUGGGUUUGGGUGUUAAUAAACUUUGUGAGGUUGAGAGGGGUGAUAGUUUUGGUGAUGAUGCACCACUUCUUGAAAACGAAUCUCGGGAAAUUGAAUUGGAGAGUAGGAUGUUUUUGGAAGGAGGAAGAGAGUUGUACGGUUUGGGAUCCGAGCAGAAGAAUGGAAAGAUCGAGGAGAGGCUUGAUGAUGGGGAAAUUUUAGAUCAUCAGUACUCUCCACUUCCUAAUGUGGAUGAUGAGAAUCUUGAAUUUGAUAAUGAGAAAUCUGUUGAUUCCUUCGACUCUAGGACGGUGUAUAUUGGUUCUCCUGUUAUUGAUAGGGAGAUUUUAGAUCGCCAGUACUCUCCGAUUCCUAACAUGGAUGAUGAAAAUCUUGAAUUUGAUAAUGAUAAAUCCGUCGAUUCCUUUGACUCUAAAAUGGUGAAUGUUGAUUCUCCUCCCGGUUCGCCAUUGAAACAAGAGGAGGAGGAAGAAGAAGAAGACGAGGAGGAAGAAGAUGAUGAAGAGAGUUUGGAUUCGGGUUCAGAUAGAGCAGAGAGCUCUUCCCCAGAUGCUUCAAUGGCUGACAUUAUCCCGAUGCUUGAUGAGCUUCAUCCUCUUUUAGAUGAAGACACUCCACAACCGAUUAAUCUGUUGCACGAUGGUUCCGAUGCUGCUUCAGAGUGUUCGAAAUCUUGUGACAGUGAUCAGGAGUCUGAUGACGGGACUGAAAACCAAGAAGUAGAAGCUGGAGGCGAUGAUGAGAAAGGAGAGGGGAAAGAAACAACUAAAGACAAACAAGAACAAACAGAAUCUGCAAUUUCAUGGACCGAGGAGGACCAGAAGAAUCUCAUGGACCUGGGAAGCUCAGAGCUCGAAAGGAACCAACGGUUGGAAAGCCUCAUUGCCAGGAGAAGAGCUCGGAAGAGCAUGAGGACAAUGGUUGAAAGGAAUUUGAUUGAUUUAGAAAGCGUUGAUCUUCCAUUCAAUAUUGCUCCCAUUUCAACUGCACGGAAAAAUCCUUUUGAUCUUCCUGGUGAUCAAUAUGAUCUAGGACUACCACCAAUUCCCGGCUCUGCUCCGUCCGUUUUACAGCCUCGGAGAAACCCUUUCGAUCUUCCUUAUGACUCAAGUGAAGAGAAGCCCGAUCUUAAGGAAGACAGUUUCCAACAAGAGUUUAAGACAUCUCAUGCCAAAGAGUCAUUCUUCAGGCGCCAUGAAAGUUUUAAUGUACGACCAUCAUUAUUUGGUCCAAGUCGGCAUGAGAAGAAGGAUAUCCUCUUGAGACCUUAUUUUGUUCCAGAAGAAAUGGAUUCAGAAGGAUCAAGCCACUCACGGUUUCAAAGACAAUCAAGUGAACUUAGUGACUCAAGAGUAAGUUCUAUUCCUGAAACUGAGUCAGUGGCCUCGGCUAUUGAUCUGGAAGACAAGAGCCUCAUUAAAGAAGAAACAGAAGACAAGAACCUUAGUGACGAAGAUCUGGUGGACAAAGACCUAAUUUACAAGCAUAGCUCCGAGGAUCAAGCUCUGAUAUCUGAGGAGGAGCAUACUUCCAGGCAUGUUGAACAUGGAAGCCAAUCUUCUGAGGUGGACUCACGACAGAUGGGUGCAGCAGAUUGGAAGGAUUCCGGAGUAGAUGAGGCUGAAAUGAAAUGGGAGAGCGAGGAAAAUCAUCACAGAGUGGAACCAAGUCUGAUGCUGGAAGGAUAUGCUGCCAAAGCUUUGGAUCUCACUGUAACAGAAAUUCAUUCAAAAUCAGAAUCUUUAGAACAGCAUAGUCGUCACUCAAGCUCCUCAUCACAUUCAGAAGAAGGUGAAAAGAUAUUUGAUGAUAGUGAAACCCAUUGGCUAUCGGGUUUGGGAGAAAGAAGGGAUCAUUCUGAAAGUGUUAUUUCAAGAGAGGCUUCAUUAGGAGGGGCAGAUUUUGAUAUCAGAGGCACUUCUGUGGAUGAGAAUCAAUACUGGGAGCCUGUUUAUGAUUUAAGUCCCACUCCAUUGAAAGAAAUUUCUUCAUCCUCAGUUGCUCGAGAUGUGCAUGUGGAGUCUGAAUUGGGUUUAUCGCCAGUAUUAGUCGAUAGAACCCUUUCUCCUCCUGACAUGGAAGCUGUGGAGAGUGGCCAGGAAAUUGAGAAGUCUACUCCAAUUAGUGAUGAGAUGUUAGCUAGCUCGCCCAAUUCACAACCAGUAGAAGAAGAUGAAUUGAUAUCAGAGGAUGCUAUGCUUUUAAAGAAUAAUGAAGUUUCAAAUUUGGAGUCAUCUGAAAACUGUGAAGUCUCGUUUUCUGGUGAUCCAGUAGUGACCGGAGGUGUUGUCAGAGAGGAUUCCCUGGACUCAAAAGCAUCUGUUAACACUUCUGCUGAUCAAAAUAUUCUAGAUCAACAAGGUAGAGUUGAGCAUGUACUCGAUACAAGUCUCUAUUCUAAUUUUGACACCGACAUCUAUCUGGAUGCUCAGCACGCAGAGGUCCUGACCAUGGGGUCUGUUUCCAAGUCCACUGAAGCUCAAGGUAUAGAUCUGUUUGAAAACGAAGAACAUUCUUCAACUGCUGUUCAGGUUUCACUUGUUCAACCUUGUACAACUUUUGAGAAUCCAUCGCUGGGGAAUAAUCAAAUUGACAUGGAAGUAGCAGGUAUUCAUCUGGAGCACAAUGGCGUUCACUUAUCAAAUCUUGAUGCUCUUACAGAUAAAGAUCCUCUUAGCGAGGGGCCAAUUUCUCCACAAUAUCAAUGUAGCUCUACAGAAAAAUCCUUUUCUCAAUCUGACAAAGAGUUACCACCGUUGGAUUGCAAAGACCACUCAGAAAUGCAGGAGCCACCACUUAUCGUGAUGGAAUCAGAUGAAGAGGCAAGCAGCACGGGCCAAUUAAAUAAUGUCCUAGGAUUCAGAGGUCUUGACUGUGAGGCUCAACCAAUCACUGCCGCUCCCUCGUCUCCUCCAUUUGCUUCAAUACUCCACAAGGUUGAUGAAGUCACAGAAGAUGCUGGCCAAUCAGACAUACAUGAGAGCGUUUUGGAUGAAGUGCAAAAUGAUAACCAUAUUGAUGCCUUGAAAAGCCACCAGUUUUUUACGGAAGCAAUUGAGUUUGAAGACACGGAUGGCAUCGAGGAAAUUGAUGAAGGGAUACUAUCUGAAUUAGAUGCAGUUGGCGACUUCAGCAUCAAAGAAUCAAUUUCAAGCUUGAAUGAGUUUGACAGUGGCAUCGAUUCCAGUGGAGUAAGUGUUCCCGUUGUACAUAAUGCUGCCUCUAUUGCUCCAUUGUUUCUUGAAGAAGACUCCAUAUAUGUUCAUGAAAAGAUAUUUGCAGAGCAGUCUGAGAACCUAAAUGCAUCUAUGGCUGAACAGGUAUACAAAAAUGAAGAGAAGAUAGAGUGUGGUUCAGAAUUUUUUACUCCUGGCGUAAGCCUUAAGGAAGAUGUCGAUUCAUCUAGCACUGGAUUUGCCGAAAGAGAAUUCCAGGAAUCAGGGGAUCGUAAAUCAGCAAAAGAAGAGUCAUUGCUGACGGGCAAUGACUGGGAACCUCAUGGGGUCAAUCUCAAUUCAAAUACCGAGGAAACCAACCCUGGAAUGCCUCUAGUUGAAGCUCAAUCACUGAAAGAUUUAGAAGCUAUUUAUGAGCAAGCCAAAUUAGAAUCCGUGGAAACUGAGGUGGCAUUUGGACUGUCUCAGUCACCUCAAGAAGUUCAGUUGCUUCAAAAUUCAAACACAGAAGAUGUCAGCCCAGGAUUGCCUUUAGUUGAAGCAAGUUCAGUGAAAGAUUUAGAAGCUAUUUAUGAGCAAGCCAAAUUGAGCACCAUGGAAACCAAGGUGGGGCUUGGACCGUCCGAGUUGAAUCAAGAUUCAAAUACUGAAGAUGCUGACCCUGGAAUGCCUUUAGUUGAAGCAAACUCGCUGAAAGAUUUGGAAUCUAUUUAUGAGCAAGCCAAAUUGGACUCCAUGGAGACCAAUUUGGUGCUUGAGCUGCCCGAGUUGAAUCAAAAUUCAAAUGCUGAAGAUGCUGACCCUGGAAUGCCUUUGGUUGAAGCAAGCUCGCUGAAAGAUUUAGAAUCUAUUUAUGAGCAAGCCAAAUCGAACUCCAUGGAGACUGAGGUGGGGCCUGGGCUGUCCGAGUUGAAUCAAAAUUCAAAUACUGAUGACACUGACCCUGGAAUGCCUUUGGUUGAAGCAAGCUCGCUGAGCGAUUUAGAAUCUAUUUAUGAGCAAGCCAAAUCGAAUUCCUUGGAGACUGAGUUACCUCAAGAAGUUCAAUUGGAAGCGGAUACAGAUUCUGGAAUGCCAAAAGUUGUAGCACAAAGCAUUGAAGAUCUUGACUCUGUUUUCCGGCAAAUAGACAGUAAAGAAUGUGAAAAACACGAUCUUCUUGAUCCUUCUCAUACUGAUUCUGGAAUGUCAUUACCUGAAGUGCAGAGUAUUCAAGAUACUGGCUCGGCAUUCGAUCAAAUAGACAGCAAAGGAAAUGAAAAGCAUGAUUCCCUUCAUCCGCCUCAUGCUGAGGAGGCCUCUGGCGAAUCUGAGAAUUCUAAGAACGUGACACUGCAAGAACAUUCAAGUUUGAUAGAGAAUGAGAUCAAAUUCGAAGCUAGAUCGACUGAAGAUACUGAUUCAGAUCAUUUGCAACUCCAUGAAAGCGAUCCUGAGAGACACAUUCUUCGCGAUUCUCUUGUUGGGGAUGCAGAUGCACUCGAGUCAUUGCACGUGGGAGCCCCCUCCCAUGAACGCGAGAUGGAGACAGACUCAGCCUUAAAGCAAGAAACAGAAGACAACGCAGAGAAACCAAUGAAGUCGAGUUUGAGUUCUCAAGAUGUAUUAGUUGAAGCCACACAUAAUGUCGAAGGGGACUCAUCCAAGGGUACAUCAAGUGUUAAAGAUCGUGAUGUACCAGAAGAUGGGAAUGGCAGUACUAAAAAUCUGAACUUUGAAGUUGAUGAUAAGUCUGAAUAUUCAGACUUGGCAACAUCUGCUGAAAAGGGUGAUCAAGAAACUCCUGAAGGUGAUAGUUCAAGUGCAAUGGAUGUUAAAGCCAAGAAAGAGGAGUCCCCAGGUGACUCUCAUAGUGAAUGAGAAAUGGUAAUGAAUCUUUCUUGGUAAAUGGAAGAGUGGAGUUUGAUUUUUAAUUUUUAAUUUUUUUAUACAAGCUAGUCUCUUAAUUUGUUGAUUUUUUGUGUUCUGUUCAAUGGUGCUUGGGGUAGUUUGGCUGUUUUGGAGUGAGGUCUUCCAAGAUCCAAUUUCCAUUUGAUUUUUUUAAUUAUUUGUAUGGCGAUUUUUGAGAGGAAAGUUGAUUUGGUUUGGUGCUGUACACAGUAUACUGUUAAUUUUAAUGUAAAGUGAGUGUUUGAGUCUUGAAAA